AUGCCGACGCGAGGGGAGGGAGGCGAGGCCGUGCGCGGGCGAGGCAAGGCCAGGAGCAGAUUUGGAAAGGGAGUCAGGACAAGGGCCGACGCGCUGGCCCGCAGGGGGCUCCGCCCGCCCGCCUGCGCCGUGCCCGGGUCGCCUUGUUUUCGCGCGGUCGGCGCCUGUCGCCUGUUCGUCGCCGCGUCCUCCGUGCGCCGGCAUUUCCAGUCUCUCGCGGUCGUAUUGGCGCAGCCGCCGUGCUCGCUGCUGGAGGCCGAGGUGCUGAGCUACGCCCGCGGCGCCCUGGAGAACGGGUGCAGUCUGGAGGAGGCCGCGGAGGUCCUGGGCCCGUUCCUGCUGGACGCCAGGCUUGCACGCGACGAAGCGGAGGCCCUCGAGCUUCUAUCGGCAGCCCGCGGAGGGGGGUCGACAACCAGUGGACGUGGACGCGGCACAGACCACGAUCGAGAGGGAGGCCUCCUGGCCGCGCCAGUCUCCAUCGCCAGCCUCUCCUCCUGCGGGGGCGCAGCCACCGCCGGGUUCGCGGACGAGCUGCCCCUCGAGGGCGUGCAGGCCGAGGCCAGGAGGGCCGGCGAGGGCGCCGCGCGGCUGUCCGCGGCGAGGAGGGCGGCGCGCGCCUCCGAGGCCGUGGUGCGCGCGCUGGCCCCGGGCCAGCUGCUGGAGUUGUGGGGCGCCGGGGCGGACGAGGAGGCCGUGGCUAUUCUCGCUCGAGCCUUGCGGUCGGAGUGGGACAGCUGGGCUGGGGGUUGUGACCCGGAUUUCUUGGCCGCCUCCUUCUUCGCCUAUUGCGCCGAGUCGCUGGCAGAGGCCCUCGGGACAUUGCGGCGGCAUCCAUCGUAG